GCUAUUGAGCGGUUCCCGCAGCCGGUGCCGGAAUGUAAAUAUUGGAAUUUGUUCUAAAGAUUGAUGGAAAAUAGAGGUGAAACCAGUAUCUGCUUUGAUUAAUCUAUUACUAAACUUGGUCUGACUGGAUACUAAUUUCUUAGGGAAAAACCUGUUGAAAUCUGAAAGGAGAGCCCUACUUAUGAAGAGAUGACGUGUAACGGCCCAGAUAACUCAGAAUCUUGUGCCACUCCAGACACUGACCGUGACCAGGAAUGGGCACAGGAACACUGCCGACUAGGAACUUUUGUUGAAUUUCCACUUGCCUGUCCAGUUUCAGCAUCAGCACUAGCGCGAGCUGGCUUUGUUUAUACUGGAGAAGGUGACAAAGUGAAGUGCUUCAGUUGCCAUACAACUAUUGAAGGAUGGGCGCCUGGGGAUUCUGCAGUUGAGAGACACAAAAAGCUUUCCCCAAAUUGCAAAUUUAUUACUGAAUCUCCUUUUCUGCAAAACAACAUACAUCCUCUUGCCCAGAACUACCAGCAUAGAACUGGAAACGGUUCCAGCAAUUCAGCCCUCCAGUAUACUCUGGAUGACCCAUCUGAUGUGGAGGCAGAUUACCUCUUAAGAACUAGGCAGGUUGUGGAUAUGUCAGAUAGUUUGUAUCCUAAAAACCCUGCUAUGUGUGGCGAAGAGACAAGAUUAAAGUCUUUUCACAACUGGCCCCUCAAUGGCCAGUUGACACCAAAGGAAUUAGCUAAUGCUGGAUUCUAUUAUACAGGUGUUGGUGAUCAAGUGGCAUGUUUUUGUUGUGGUGGAAAAUUGAAAAAGUGGGAACCCAGUGACAGAGCUUGGUCAGAACACAAGAGGCAUUUUCCCAAAUGCUUAUUUGUCCUGGGCCGGGAUGUUGGAAAUGUUCCAAGUGAAUCUAUUCCUGCUGAGCUUGGGAGAAGUGAUCUGAACAAUGUACAGCAUCCAAGGAAUCCAGCUAUGGCAAAAUAUGGAAGACGUUUACAAACAUUUUUAACUUGGAUAUAUCCUGUUGACAAGGAGCAACUUGCUGAAGCUGGGUUCUAUAGUAUAGGUAAUGGUGAUCAUGUUGUGUGUUUCCACUGUGGUGGAGGAUUGCAAGAAUGGAAGGAAAAUGAAGACCCAUGGGAUCAACAUGCCAAAUGGUUUCCUGGGUGCAGAUUUGUGAGAAAGGAAAAGGGGCUAGAAUUUAUAAAUAAUGUUCACUUAAGAGAUGGAUGUAGGGAUUCAACAACAGAAGCUGCUGAAGGGACAAUACUUCCUAAAGAUGAUCUCUUACAGAAUCCUUUGGUACAAUGUGCCAUAGACAUGGGUUUCAGUUUGUCUGAGAUUAGGAACACCAUGGAAAAGAGAUUGCAGAUGUCUGGAGAAAGUCACACAUCUGUUGAGGAUCUGGUAGCAGACUUAAGUGCUCAGAAAGAAAAUACAAGGGAAGAAGAACCAAAUGAAAUCCCAGUUGAGCAAGAUGAGCUUAUUCAAUUACAAAACCUCUAUCUCAGUACUGAAGAGAAGUUAAGACGCUUGCAGGAAGAAAAGCUUUGUAAAAUCUGUAUGGCUAAAGACAUAUCAGUUGCCCUCAUUCCCUGUGGUCACCUAGUUGCCUGUAAGGAAUGUGCUGAAGCACUUAAUGAAUGCCCUCUGUGUCGUACAAAUAUUAUGAAAAGACAGGAAAUUUUUAUGUAUUAGUGAAAUAUACAGCACUGUGAAUGCAAAUGUUUCCUGCUUUAUUGCUUUAAAUAUGUGUAACCUAAUGUAAAAAAUGCAGUUAAUUCCAGGAUGUAAUCAUAUGGCAGUAUUUAGAUUUUUCUGCUGUCAAACUCUACAUACGUUUUAACCUUUUAAAAAUUAUUUUCCUUAAGUGAAUUUUUUGUAUGUAAAAAACAAUAUUGAAAGGCAAGUAUAUAUAUUCUGUAACUUCAAUUCAUCGACCUGAUUUGGGAAAGCCUAACUAAUGCAAAGCUUUAUUUAUGUGAUCAUUCCUUUGCUUCUCUUCGGUAGGACUCUGUGCGACUGAAGUUUAUGCAAAUACAGUUGUAUAGAGAGUCAGGCCCUAUAUAAAAUUUGUAAAUAAGUAACUGAAUUUUAAAAAUUAUUAUAUACAUGUGUAUUAUAUCUGAGAUUUUAGCUUCUCAAAAAUGUUAUGUAAGAUCAAAAAUGUUAUUCUGUAACUUUGGUUGUGACAUAAUUCAGAGAAUACGCGUAAACCUGCUGCUGCAAUAUUUCACCUUAUGUUUGCUACUGCUACUUUGUAAGUUUAUCUGUUUUGAUAUAUAAUUCCUGUCUCUCAUUUUUUUUUUUCUGGUUUAGAUGUAUAAAUUGCUUUCAGUAAACUGGUUUUAGCCAUCCAUUUUUCACAAAAAUCCCUCUGUAUAUAAAAUGUACAUUAAUUUCAUACCUUAAAAGAGAACUCAACAGAAAUGAAGGAGAUUUUAUGCACCUUGUGCCCUUCAUGAAAGGAGCAUCUCAUUUUAAACUUGCUCCCUACACAAAAAGGUGUUCAUUGUUUGAUUUUUUCCUUGUGUUUUUUGAACAUUUAGCAUUAUCCUGACUCUUUUAUCUAAUACUUUGCAGUGCUUCUAUUUGUCCUUUUUUCAUAAGUUUAAACUAUCUCCAUGAAAAUGCUUUCUUUUUUUAUUUUUUAAUUCACAAGUAAUGUUAGAAAUCUUUCAUUUUUGUUCUUGUCAGUUUGCAGCAUUUAAAUUAAAACGUUAAGAACUAUUCUAGUGAGAGUCACCUUAAAAUACUUCAUAAACUAUUUCUUACUGGACUGAUCCUCAGUUCUCCAAUUAAAAAAGUAUCAUAGCUUUGUAUUUAAGUACAGCUGGUUUACGAUCACUCUACUUAAUUAUGUGACUUCCUUAUUUUGUGGCACUACUAAUAUGUUCUGUGUAUAUAUUUUUAUCUUUGAGUCCUACACACUAAGAGAUUUAGAAUAUACACAAUAUAGUUUUUCACAUGGUAGCAGUUUUAAAUCCAAUACACAGAAAUCUAAUGUCUACUCUUUCUAUUUUUUUAAAUAUGUGCUGUGAUUAUAUGCUGGUGUAAUGUUACAAAUAUUUAAAAUAAAGUGCAACCCAGUUGUUCCUU